AUGGAAGACUCGCAACUGCCGCUGGUCCGGUCGUCAAGUGGUGCGCAUGAUGCAUGGUCGCGACUGGAAGGACACUUCGAGAAGAGAAAUCUCGCCAACAAGCUCUUUCUUCAUCGACGGUUCUUUACAACUAUGAUGGAAGAAGGUGAUGAUGUUCUUGAACACAUCAACAAGCUCAAGACGCUAGCGGAGCAGCUCGACGCUGUGGGUGCUCCAGUUAGCGAGGACGACUUGGUUAUCACGUUUCUUAGAAGUAUUAGUGAUUCGUACCAGUUCCUCAUAACAGCAUUGGAAUCGCGUGCGGAUACUUUGACUUGGGAGCUGGUGACAUCACGGCUCCUACAUGAAGACAUGAAACGCAAGGAGCAGGGCGGCGAUGGAGCAGCGCCUGGUCAAGCGUUUAUGAUGAAGGAUGCGAAGCGCAAAGGACGACCAGCGAAGAAAACUGGUGCGUGCCAUAAUUGCGGGAAACAAGGACAUUGGGUCGCAGAUUGCCCCUCGCGAGUCCAGAACGAUACUGAACGAUAUCGAUUGCAGCGAGCAAACGUUGCGCAAUUUGAAGAUUCUGGUGACCAUCUUUUCGCAAUUGGCGGUAGCAGUGACUCUGUUCAGGCGAAUGAUGUAUGGCUGGUCGACUCGGGGGCGACUCAGCAUAUGACAAGCUCGAAGAAAUUCAUGAGGAACCACAAGGCGUUUUCUCCUAUUGACGUACAUCUGGCAGACGACGGGGUCGUACAAGCUUUCGGCAGCGGCGACAUUGUCAUGUCAAUGAAGACUUCGUACGGAAUAAAGAAGGGUGUGCUGACAAAUGUGUGGCACAUUCCCAAGUUGUCAAGAUAUUUAUUCUUAGUUGGGCGCUUCACCAAGGACGUUGGGCCUGUUAUCUUUGACAAGGAAGGAUGCUUCGCCGAGACGAAAGGUGUCAAGUGGAGGAUUGGUGCACGCGAAGGAAAAGGAUUGCUUCGACUUCAUAUGACCUCCGCCGUCGGGCCCUCAUAUCGCGAGACGGUGGAACGCUUGGUGCCGAUGAAAACGGAAAUUAUUGCACUCCGUGCUUAA